AUGCUCAAAUCGAAUGUGAUACUCUUCAUAAAACAAGUCGAGUUUUCGGCAGAAGCUUUGCCAAAUUCCUGGAAUCAUCUUGAUCUCUUUGAAUUUUAUGGAAUAUUCGAAUCAAAUUCUAAACAAGCUUAUAGAAUGAAGAAGCUCGGACGUGGAAUGCAGAGAACUGAUAUCUAUCAAUCUAUUGUGAUGCUGGUGAUGCUUGAUAGAUUCCCAGUGAAGGACAUUCCUUCGGAUAUUGGUUUCUAG